UUAAUUUGUAGCGCAGCAUCACGAUAUAUAUCACCGAUAAAUAUAUAACGUGUUAUAUUGGUAAUGAGCAUUAUAUAAAUGAACAAAAAACGAGACCACGGAUUAGUAACAGAAUCCGAAAACAAAACAAAAAAAAUACGAUCAUGCCUAUAAAACCCCGCGUUUUGUGCACUACUAAACCCCCAUCCCUUCCCCCCCCCCGCCUCUUCUCGCGCCCCCUCUUCGCCUUCUCUCCUUCAAUUCCCUCCCUCCCAUUCGAUCUGCUCUUGCACCGAUGUCGAGCUCGCCGCCGGAGCGACGGGGAAGGGGAGGCGAGGAGGAGGGCGGGGAGGACGCCGCGGCCGCCCGAACACGCACCGGUGUUGGCCUCGGCCGCCGCCGCGCCGGGGAUCCCUCAUCGUCGCGGCUGAGGUCCGCCGACGCGGUCUGGCCGGAGCACUUCGUCGAGGCGGUUGCCGCCCAGGUCGCCGUCGACGCCGUGCGCUCCGCCGGGAGGUUGGCCGCCGCUCCUGCCGUCGUCUCCGUGUUCCAGGUCUGCUCCUCGUGGAGAAGCGUUUCCCGGUCGGAGCUCCUGUGGAAAGAUCUCUGCCGCCGCGUGUGGUCUCGCCGGCGUCGCGCGCUCCCGUCCUGGCGGGACGAGUUCAUCCGCCUCCACCGCACCGCCGCUAACUUCCGGGCCCGCCGCUCCGCGCACUCUCACUUGCUUCCUCCUUCCGAUGCCGUCAUCUCCUGCCGCCGUCUCGCCCUCUCCGACCACCACCUCGCUGCCGGCUUCGUUGACGGCUCGGUUCGCCUGUUCGAUCUCCCUUCCGGACGGGCGCUCGCCACCUACUCGGCUGACCCUCAUCGCGACCGCCUCGGCCGCUUCUCUCAGGCCAUCUCGGGCAUCGUCCUCCUCGCCGACGACCGCCUCGCCUUCGCUUCCCAGGACGGAGACGUCCACAUGGCGAGCCUCGGCGCCUCCGGUUCCGUCCGGCGAGCCCACGUCGGGAACCUGAUGGAGGACGGGACGUUGGUGGACUUCACCGGGAACUCGCGGUGGUGGGUUGGCUUGUUGGCCGGCGUUCCCGGCCGGUCGUGGCGCGUCUGGGACGCCGCCACCGAGCAGCUGGUGUUCGUGGGCGGAACCUUGACGGACUCCGACGCCAUCCUGGGAUGGCACAUGCUCACCGACUUGUCGAGUCCGGUGGUCGGCCGCGCGAAGAUCGUGGAGCCGGGACUCGUGGUGGGGUGCACAGCUUCGACCAUGGAGGUCAUGGACCUCGACGACACCGGUACGAUCCUGAACCAGCUUCAGCUCCGGCACGGCGUGGUGGUGGACUCGGUGGACGCGAGCGAGGGCCGGGUAAUGGCCGUGGACACGCGAGGACUGGCGAAGGUGUGGGAGGUGCCGAGGUUGCAGGAGAUUUGCAGGUUCAGCACGGUGAGGAGGGCGGAGGGACGGCAGCAGGGUGCGGCGGGUGUGCAAGGGUGCAUGAACUGGGGUUACGCGGUGGUGUGCUCCGCCCAUGGCGGAGUACGCGUGUGGGACGCAACCACGAGCGAGUACUUAUACAGCUUCAGGGAGCGGAUAGGAGAGGCAGCCGCGUCGGUGGCCGGCGAUCGUUACGUGGCUGCUUGGGCCGACGAGACCGGGUUGCACCUGUGGGAUUUUGGAGCCUUGUAGGGGGAGGAACCCAAGCACAGGAGUCUGGUUGAUGUAGAUAGAGAACUGGCCAUGGCUAAUGUUUGUGUUGUUGCUCAGGCUAGGGGGAGGCCAGGUGGUAUCGUACUGUGAUGGCCACCACAGGCAGGACUGCAAGAAUGUAGAGAGAGGAAUCGGAGAAGAAAUGGGGAUGGGGAGGGGGAGGCAAAGAUGGUGUGGUCUCUUGGUGAUGGUGAUUAGGGUUGAAGAUGGCUCCCAGUGUGUGCUGGGAUUUUUGGGGUUGCUGCAUAAUUGUUCGCCGAGUAUUGGUUUAGGAGAUGCAUCUCUUCAAGACUCUGAUGACUUCACUUUUCUUAUACUGCACUCGUUUCUCUUCUUGUAGCUGCGGGACUUGGAUUUGGUAAAAAAAGAAAAAAAAAACAGAAUUUGACUUGGAAAAUAUCAGGUUGCUAUUUAAUAUUAAAGCUG